AUGGAUGCAAAAGAAGAAUCCGUCGAAUUGGAACUAAUUGCUUCUCGCAACGUAGAUGAUUCGACAAGUGUUGUUGCUCACGACAAUGAAAAGAAGAAAUCCAAAAAAAAGCAUAAGCACAAGCAUAAGUACAUCGAUUCUAAUAAUGAAGAAGAGCAGAAAAAGCAUCAUCAUAAAAAAAAGCGAGAUAAAAAACUAAAGAAACAUAAAAAAAGUAAGAAGAAAAGAAAGGAUAACGAUAAGGAGUCAGGAGAUGAGUCCCAUGAAUUAAAAGUUCAAGAAAAACAACUAGAAGACAAAUUGCGAAAAGAAGAAAGGAAAAAUGAUUCUGAUGAACAGAUUGAGAAGAUAUCUGGUGCUGACAGUGAAGCUUCCUUAAGUCCAAAAAGUGAUCGACACGAUGAAAAACCUUCGGAAAAUAAUGCAUUGGCUACUGCGAAUGGAAUUGGAAAGGAAAAUGUUGCUGUUGAAACGGAAAGGGAAACGAAAGAAGUUUCUACACUAGAAAGAAAACGAAAACGUGCACAUUUGAAAGAAGACCAGAAGUGUAUAGAGAAAUAUGAGUCUGCUAAACGAAAAAGGGAGUUAGAGGACGUUUUAAAAAACGAUUAUCAGAGUAUGGAAUUGGAAGUUGGGAGCACGUCACAAAGAGAGCGACUGGAUUCGAGGAGAGUCGGAAAUGAUGUACAAACGAAAGAUGACAAAAAAAAAGUGACCGAAGUAGUGAGAUCAAGUCAGAACUCUGAAAAUGCGUCGAAAACAAGUAGGGAUGGAGAUCGUUAUGAUUAUGCUGAAGGUAAAAUAGAUCGUGAAAGACGAAAGGACGGAGAAUCAGUCUCCAGAAGACGUCCAGAUGCUGAUCACUCUGGAAGUAGCAGACGGCGUAGUCGUUCUACAGGUAGGCGUGUUCGUGAUAAAGCAGAUGAAUUACAUUCAGAGUCACGUGAUCGUAAAGUACAUCGAAGUAUUUCGAAAUCCAGAGAUGACAAGCGCAGAAGCAGCUCCAAAUCUGGUCGUACAGAACGUGGUCGUGAUCGUGAGAAGCGUGUUGAUAGACGAUCACGCUCACUAGUACGACGUGGGCCACGUCCUCACUCCAAAUCUAAUGAGCGGUCAUUAAGAGACACUUCAAGAUCUAGAGAUCAAGGUGGUCGUGAACGCGAUCGUAAUCGUCGAAGCAGAUCUGAUAUCCGUUCUCGUCGAAGUAGAUCUGGUGAUCGUUCCCGGCGAAGUAAGUCUGGUGAUCGUUCCCGGCGAAGUAAGUCUGGUGAUCGUUUUCGUCGAAGCAGAUCUCUUGAUCGUUGUCGGCGAAGUAGGUCGAAAAAUCGUCUCCGUCGAAGUAGAUCUAGAGAUCAUUCUCGUCGAAGUAAAUCGAGAGAUCGUCUUCGUCGAAGCAGAUCUGGCGAUCGUUCUCGACGUUCAGAAUUAAAACGUCAUACGGAAUCAUCUCGGGAUAGAGAAAAACGCGAACGUGGUAGAUCAAGAGAUAGGCGCAGUGAUAAAGCGAAAAAUGAGUUUCGUCGAAACUCAACCAGGAAAAAUCAAACACAUCGUGAUGAUGUAUCUAAAUCUGCAAGCAAAUUUCAUAAAGAACCGAAAAAGGAUCGCCAUUAUCGAGAAAGUAGUGUAAGUUCUACAGAAUGGGAAGAUCCUGAAGAAAAGGAAGAAAAGAAGAUUCAGGAGCUCCGAAGACGUCGACAGCAGUUUCUAAUGAGCAUCGAGAAGCAGAUUGAUGAAAAAGCUCGAGCCCGAAUUGGUGAAGAUGCAGUAAAUGGCGAUGUUAUUGGUGAUGGUGAUGGGGAUAAUGAUGGUGAUGGUGAUAAUGAUGGUGAUGGUGAUAAUGAUGGUGAUGGUGAAGGUGAGGGAGAUCUAAACGGGAGCACAAAUUUCGAAGCUUCUAUUAUGGAACAGAACAAGCAUUUUGCGUCUGGUGAUGAAACAUCGAGCCAGUCAGCCGACGAGCUGCUCAUUAGAGAAGCAGAACGAGAACUUUGUAAGAAGCAUGACAGUGAUGUGUCUUGUUCCAGUAGUCCUGUUUCUCCCGCUGGGGAAGAUACGCCUGCAGAUUUUUAUUGUGAUUUGAAGGAGAAAAUGGUUCACAUUAAGGGGCAAGAAGAAUCUGCAGUUGAUCGCGCUUUGAAAAAAGCUGUAGAAGAAGAAGAAGAAGAGUUACGAAGGCAGCGUGGAGAAGAUACUGAGCGAGAGGAAGCAAAUAAGGCCACUGAUAACACUAUCAGUGCUACCACCUUUGAUAUGUUUGCUACUGAUGCUGAUCUUCCACCUGAAAUAUUGAGUAAAGCAGCUGUAAUCGUUUCUGGACAAGAACCAACUAAUGCUUCGUUGAAGGACAAUUGGGAUGACACAGAUGGUUAUUACAGGAUAAGAAUUGGUGAAAUGCUUGAUAGUCGUUACCGUGUUUAUGGUUAUACUGGUGCGGGAGUAUUUGGUAAUGUUGUGCGUGCUACAGAUGCUGCACGAAGUAAUACACACGUAGCAGUAAAAAUUAUAAGAAAUAACGAAGUGAUGCGAAGAACAGGUAUGAAGGAAUUGGAUAUCCUGAAAAAGCUGAAUGAAGCGGAUCGAGAUGAUCGUUAUCAUUGUCUUCAAUUAUAUCGACAUUUCUAUCAUCAUCAGCAUCUGUGUUUGGUGUUUGAAUCUCUCAGUAUGAAUUUGCGAGAACUUUUAAAAAAGUAUGGCAAUAGUGUCGGUUUACACAUGAAAGCAGUUCGCAGUUAUACGCAGCAGCUUCUCAUGGCACUUCGAUUGCUCAAAAAAUGUAACAUUCUUCAUGCUGAUAUCAAACCAGAUAAUAUUCUUGUAAACGAUACUAAAAUGACGCUAAAAUUGUGUGAUUUUGGUUCAGGCUGUCAUGUUGUUGAUGCAGAAGUAGCACCGUAUCUAGUAUCUCGCUUUUACCGCGCUCCUGAAAUAAUGCUUGGUUUACCCUAUGAUUUUGGCAUCGAUUUGUGGUCAGUAGCUGUAACUCUUUAUGAAGUAUACACAGGGAAAAUUAUGUUUGCCGGGAAGUCAAAUAAUCAAAUGCUUAAAUUCAUGAUGGAUUUGAAAGGAAAGUUCCCAAAUAAAAUGGUGAGGAAGGCUCAAUUCAAGGAUCAGCAUUUUGAUCAGAACUGCAAUUUCUUAUAUCACGAAAUUGAUAGAGUGACUCAGCGUGAUAAGAUUACAACAAUGUCUGUUGUGAAGGUCACACGAAACUUAGAAAGUGAACUUUUGGGGGAUCAAGAACUUGACAAGGAUGGUUUGCGAAAACUUGAACAGUUUCGCUUGUUGUUAGAUGCGAUGAUUACUUUGGACAACUCGAAGCGCAUAACAUGUGGUGAGGCGCUCAAACAUGCAUUUGUGGUAGAAAAAUGA